UCCGCCUACAACCGCUGGUCGCGGCCCGUGCCCAACACGUCGGACGUGGUGAUCGUGCGCUUCGGGCUCUCCAUCGCACAGCUCAUCGACGUGGACGAGAAGAACCAGAUGAUGACCACGAACGUGUGGCUGAAGCAGGAGUGGAGCGAUUACAAACUGCGCUGGGACCCGGCCGAGUUCGACAACGUCACCUCCAUCCGGGUGCCCUCGGAGAUGAUCUGGAUCCCAGACAUCGUCCUCUACAACAAUGCCGACGGGGAGUUCGCGGUGACGCACAUGACCAAGGCCCACCUGUUCUGGGACGGGCGGGUGCAGUGGGUGCCCCCCGCCAUCUACAAGAGCUCCUGCAGCAUCGACGUCACCUUCUUCCCCUUCGACCAGCAGAACUGCAAGAUGAAGUUCGGCUCCUGGACCUACGACAAGGCCAAGAUCGACCUGGAGAACAUGGACCACCAGGUGGACCUCAAGGACUACUGGGAGAGCGGCGAGUGGGCCAUCAUCGACGCCACGGGCACCUACAACUCCAAGAAGUACGACUGCUGCACCGAGAUCUACCCCGACAUCACCUUCUGCUUCGUCAUCCGCCGCCUGCCGCUCUUCUACACCAUCAACCUCAUCGUGCCCUGCCUGCUCAUCUCCUGCCUCACCGUGCUCGUCUUCUACCUGCCCUCGGACUGCGGCGAGAAGAUCACGCUGUGCAUCUCGGUGCUGCUGUCGCUCACCGUCUUCCUGCUGCUCAUCACCGAGAUCAUCCCCUCCACCUCGCUCGUCAUCCCGCUCAUCGGCGAGUACCUGCUCUUCACCAUGAUCUUCGUCACGCUCUCCAUCGUCAUCACGGUCUUCGUGCUCAACGUGCACCACCGCUCGCCCGGCACCCACGCCAUGCCGGGCUGGGUGCGCGCCGUCUUCCUGCGCCGCGUGCCGCGCUGGCUGGGCAUGGGGCGGCCACCGCCGGUGCCGCCUCUGUCACCGUCACCGCUGUCACCUCUGUCACCGUCACCAACACCGCUGGCACCGCCGCCCCGAGAGCCGCUCAGCUCCUCCCGGUGCUGGCUCGAGACCGACGUGGAUGACAAGUGGGAUGAGGACGAGGAGGAGGAGGAGGGAGGAGAGGAGGGGAAGAAGGCGUUUCCCGGCCGCGCCCCACCCGUGAUGGAGCCCCGCGCGCGCUGCGGGAAGGGCUCCUCGGGGGGUUCCGCCCCGCGGGGGAAGGAGGAGAAGCGGCAGCAGCAGCAGGAGGAGGAGGAGGAGGAGGAGGAGGAGGAAGGGGCGGGGCGGGGCCCGGCGCUGUCGCCCGCGAUGCUGCGGGCGCUGGAGGGGGUGCAGUACAUCGCCGACCAUCUGCGGGCCGAGGACGCCGACGGAGCUGUGAAGGAGGACUGGAAAUACGUGGCCAUGGUGAUCGACCGCAUCUUCCUCUGGAUGUUCAUCAUCGUCUGCCUGCUGGGCACCGCGGGGCUCUUCCUGCCGCCCUACCUGGCGGGAAUGAUCUAAGGGAGCCCUCGGGAACGCCCCGGGAACGGCGGGAACCCGGCGGGGA